AUGUGCACUCUUCUGGUAACACAUAUUUUGGUGCCUCUUUUUAGGCAAAAGUAUGUGGUCUCUCCUGCAUAUCUUGUAAUCAAUCUUCAAUCAAUAUCUUUUAAGGAGACUAUUCUUAAAUGGGCAAGUCAACUACAUUUUCUACCAUAUUAG